AUGUCGUGUGUCCAUCUUUUCUGUCUGCCUCGUGGUUCAGCUGUUGUCGGCAUCAGCUGGGGUCCUGUAAGGGUGAGCAUCGUAGUCAAGGUAACCAAGAGGGUCCACCUUCCCAUGGUUGCACACAGGUCCGUCACACCCUACUACUUGGUUACUCUAGAGUUGGUCAAUGGCUGGAGGUGGAAGUGCGAGCAAUGCUCAAUCAGCACUUCACCCUCACCACUGAAGCAACCAAGCGAGGGUGAAACUUUCCUAGUUGAUUUCUGUGAAGGAGGUGGAAUCCUCUGGGACCUCAACUUUCUUGCAGUGGCUUUGGUGUAUCCAGGAAGGUCGUUCCGCUAUUUUUCAGGCAGCUGGAGUGAUUUUGCUGGGCCGUCACUGGCACGCUUGACUUCAGAGUGGUUUACUGAUACGGCCUUCGACUUCACCCCAAAGGUGAAGCAGUAUCAGUUUUAUGAGAUGAAACUCAACCGUUCUCCUUUGUCACCAGAUACAACUGACUCCACUACAACAAUCACAGCGACAGUGACAACGACAGUAACAGCAGGACAGCAAAGUACAGCCAAAACAGAAACAACCACAAGACUAAGAACCAACCCGCUGACAGCUCCUAAUAACACUGAAGAAUUUAAGACUGUGGAUCAAAAUGAGACCAGCAUAACUCUGAUGUGGAAAGCAGUCCCCAACAUUGACAAUUAUCUACUUGUGUUUAAUGGAAGACAGAUCAACAUUAGUAAUUCUACAGAAGAAUACACAAACUACACAGUCUCAGAUUUGACCAGUGGAACCAGAUACACUUUCACUCUCUUCACUGUGUUUGGAAAUGUCAACAGCAGUGGAGUAAACUGCAUCGCAGUCACUGCUCCUAAUAACACUGAAGAAUUUAAGGCUGUUGAUCAAAAUGAGACUAGCAUAACUCUGAUGUGGAAAGCAGCCCCCAACAUUGACAAUUAUCUACUUGUGUUUAAUGGAAGGCAGAUCAACAUUAGUAAUUCUACAGAAGAAUACACAGUCUCAGAUUUGACCAGUGGAACCAGAUACAAUUUCACUCUCUUCACUGUGUUUGGAAAUGUCAACAGCAGUGGAGUAAACUGCAUCGCAGUCACUGCUCCAAAAAAUGUCCACAAUGUGACUGUGACACAAAAUGAGAACAGUAUAACUCUGACGUGGGAGAAGGUUAAUGACAUGCUAACAUACAUCCUACAACAUAGUAGUGAUGUUAUUGGCAAGAAUGACAUGGGCAGAUGCACGACAUCAGGUGCAUCAGUUACAUGUGUGGUCUCUUCUCUGACUGCUGGGACAAACUACAAUUUUACCCUUUUUACUGUGUUUGAGAACGUCAACAGCUCUGGAUACAACUUUAGUGCACCGACAGUUCCACCAGUGGUGCCUUGGGUCAAUGUGACUGAACGAUUUACUAACAGCAUAACUCUAGAGUGGAAGAACAUGAAUAAAGCCUGGAAAUACCAGCUUCAAAUCAAUGGUGAUGUGUCAGACGUCUCCUCAGAUACAAUCAGAAAAGUAGUGACAUCUCUUCAGCCUGGAACAGAGUAUGAUUUCAACUUAACCACAGUGUUCGCUGGACUCAGGAGCACUGCUUAUACGAAUUUCACUGUAACAGCCAUCGACUGUGCCAGUGCAGACUGGAAAGUUACCAACUCAUCAAUCAAAGCAAAGAUUGAAGGCUUGUUCUCGAAUGCAACCGCCCGUAAUGGAUCUAACGUUCAUGUCAGUGAAGGAAGUGAAAAUGUGUCAUUUACUGGACUUUACCCUGGUGCCACCUAUAAUAUUUCUCUUGUCUAUGAAAAGUCUUCCAGAGUUUUCCUGCAGUGUGAACACAAAUUAACAAUUCUUCCUCCUAAUCUAAAUGCUCACUGUGAGUACUGGGCAGCUGGAUACUCUGUUCUUAUUAAAUGGACAGACCCAGAGGGCGAGUGGACUAAUGCGGAGGUGAAUGUGACUGGAAAGACUCACACAGUAGCUAGUCCUGAAACUAAAAUCAUAAUCAGUGGAUUCCAACCUGCCAAAAAAUAUAAGGUGUCUGUAACUUCACUGUCUGGGGUGAGGAGGAGUUCUGAACCGCAUGUGUUUUACUGUCAGACUGAUCCAAGGGGAGUUAUUGCAGGGUCCGUAUUUGGCGUGCUUCUUUUUGGUCUCCUGGUCACUCUGGUUGUCUUCAUUUUCCUCAAAAGACCAGAUAUUAUUAGAAAGAAGUCUUCAUUCAUUGGUGGAUCCAAAGUACCAAACACACAGAGCAAAUCUAUUCCUGCUGCAAAGUUUCCUGACCACUUCCAUCAGCUGAGUUUGGAUGAGAACAGAGGCUUCAGCGAGGAAUAUGAGUGCCUCGCUCCUGUUGGAACAGACCAGACACGAAAGACUGCUAUUCUACCUGAAAACAAAGCGAAGAAUCGUUUCAAUAACGUCUUGCCAUAUGACUGGUGUCGUGUGAAGCUCACUACAUCAGAUCCUGAUGGAAUUUCAGACUAUAUCAAUGCCAAUUACAUGCCGGGCUACAGCAGUAACAGAGAGUACAUUGCCACUCAGGGCCCUCUGCCCUCUACUGUUAAUGAUUUCUGGAGAAUGAUUUGGGAACAAAGAGUUAAGAGGAUCGUAAUGGUAACCAACUGCAUUGAAGGAGGGCGGACCAAGUGUGAACAAUACUGGGCUGCAGACAGCAAGCCAUGCCUUUAUGGAGAGCUGUUGGUCACCAUGAGAUCUGAGCAACAGGAGACCAACUGGACACUGAGAGAAUUCAACCUGAAAGAUAGAAAAACCUCAGAAGAACGGACAGUUAAACAUUUCCACUUUACUGCCUGGCCUGAUCAUGGAGUCCCAGCGUGCACAGAGGUCCUGAUCCAGUUCAGAGGACUGGUGAGACAGCACAUAGAGAGAGAAGGGGGCAAAGCACCAACUGUGGUUCACUGCAGUCCUGGAGUCGGGAGAACUGGCACUAUCAUUUCCCUGGAUGUGCUGCUUCAGCAGCUGGAGAAAGAACAAGCAGUCGGCAUCAAUGCCUUCGUACACAAGAUGAGACUGAACCGACCGUACAUGGUGCAGAAGGAGUCCCAGUACAUUUUUCUGCACCAGUGCAUCAUGGACAGUCUGCAACCAAAAGACACGAAUGAAGAGAACAUUUAUGAGGAUUUAUACGAGAACACCUUAUACGUCAAUGCCACUGCUCUCCAAGAGCUCCGUCGGCACAAUGUAAAUGCCUAG